GUGUGUGUGUGUGUGUGUGUGUGUGUGUGUGUGUGUAUAUAUAUAUAUAUAGGUAUCAUCAGCAGUGAAAGAUACCUACUUCUACUGCGAUCUCCUGCAGUAAACAAGCGUAAAUUCUGUCAGACCCAAAGACUACAAUCAGCAUGAGUAUGAAAAGUGCUUAUUGCUAUGCUGGUCGCUUCCCAGAAAGGUUCUGCAAUGUGGAAGAGGUGUUCUGUAAUGUGGUACGCCCAGGGGUCCUUCCUGAUGGUCAGUUAUCAGUGCUCUCCGUAGAACUUCUUAAGUCCAAAACAGGUCAAAACCAUCUGGAACAUCACACGGACCGCUACCAAAGCGAUAACCUCAUUGUCCGUCGAGGGCAGAGCUUUCAGAUAUGGAUCGAGCUCUCACGAGCUUUCAACCCCAAAUCUGACCAUCUGCAGCUCCUGCUUAAACAAGGCUCUGUGCACAGGUCAAGAGACAUUGUAGUGACUGUCCCUCUAGUUAACGAGUUUCAGGGCAAUCGCUGGCAGGCCAAGAUUAUCGAACAGAACAUCAGGAAGAUAAAACUGUCUGUCAUCUCCCCACCGACUGCUCCGAUUGGUCAAUAUGAGCUCAGUGUGAUAACAGGAGCCAGCACGUUCAGUUCCAAGCCUGAAAACUAUAUCUAUCUGCUGUUUAACCCCUGGUGUGAAGAUGACCAAGUGUUUAUGGAUAACGAGGACGAGAGGAACGAGUAUGUUCUGAACGAUGUGGGGAUUAUCUACAACGGGACGGAAAAUCAGAUUGGAUACAGGACGUGGAACUUUGGACAGUUUGCUGAUGGGAUUCUGGCAGCGUGUCUGUUCAUACUACGGAAGGGUCAAGCCCCUGCUUCUGGUUGGGGAGACCCCAUUACCAUCACCAGAGUUGUGUCAGCCAUGGUUAACACUAAUGAUGAUCAAGGUGUGUUAACUGGUAAAUGGUCAGGUGACUAUGUGGACGGCAUUGCUCCAACGACAUGGAGCGGCAGUGUGGACAUUCUGAAGCAGUACCACAAGAGUGGAGGCGUGCCUGUCAAAUAUGGGCAGUGCUGGGUCUUCUCAGGGGUCACCACUACAAUUCUCAGGUGUUUAGGCAUUCCAACUCGCAGUGUCACAAACUUCAGCUCCGCACACGACACAGACAAUUCCUUGACCAUUGACGUGUAUUGCGAUGAGAAACUGCGAGAGAUUGAGAAUCUCAGCAAGGAUUCUAUUUGGAAUUAUCACGUGUGGAAUGACUGCUGGAUGGCCCGACCUGAUCUGCCACCUGGCAUGGGCGGCUGGCAGGCUGUGGAUGCCACGCCUCAAGAAACAAGCCAGGGAAUGUACUGCUGUGGCCCUGCACCCAUAGCAGCCAUUCGUGAAGGACUGGUCUAUCUCAAAUAUGAUGCACCCUUUGUCUUUGCUGAAGUGAACAGUGACAGGAUCUUCUGGCAGAGACAAGCUAACGGCACCUUUGCUCCGAUCUGCUGUGAGAAGAGCACAGUGGGUCACUGCAUCAGCACCAAGGCAGUCGGCUCUGACCGCAGAGAGGACAUCACACACCUCUACAAACACCCAGAAGGAUCUAAAGAGGAGAGAAUCGCCGUGGAAACUGCUUGCAGCUACGGCUCCAAACCCAACACCUACUCCUGUGCUGUUGAGAAUGACGUCACAUUAAACAUUGCCCUGAAUGAGGAGGAACCUCAGCUAGGUCAAGAUGCUCAUCUGUCCAUCACUGUGAAGAACAGCAGCUCUAAGAAGCGCAGUAUCGUCCUCUACUGCCAGGUGGCGGUCAUGUACUACACUGGAGUGCGAAAGGGCACUGUGUUGAAAAAGGAUAUAUCUGUGGAUCUCCAACCCCGUGAAGUUAAGGCAGUUAAUUUGACCCUGCCUUAUAACCAGUACAAGGACCAGAUUGUGGACCAGGCGGCACUGAUGCUCACCGUGACUGGACAAGUCAGUGAGACCAAGCAGGUUCUGGCCACCGUCUUCAACUUCCGCCUGCGCACGCCUGACCUCAUCAUCACCCCUGUAGGAGACGCCGUAGUGGGGAGAGAGAUGACUGCUAAGAUCACAUUUAAGAAUCCACUACAAUGUGUCCUGAGGAACGCUGCUUUGCAUAUCGAGGGCUUGGGCUUGCUGUCCUCAGAAGUGAUCAACAUUGACGUGGGGAGUCUGGCAGUCAUUGCUGUGAAGGUGAAGUUCACGCCCUUCUUAUCCGGUCGGCGCAAGCUUCUCGCGUCUCUGGACUGUCAGCAGCUCAGACAGGUUCACGGUGUUGCUGAGAUCCUCGUCAAGCCGAACUGAAAUACUUGAAAAACCAAAGUGACAAAUGAUACGAAUGGUAUUUGGGUUCUGAUCACUAAUCACUGCUUGCUGAUAACUAACGGGUUGCUGCAUUUUAAAGCAAGGAAGCAUUAAAGUUCAAAUUUGACCCUUUUUUCCCUCUAAAUAUGAUUUUCACUAAAUGAGAGGUCCUUAUUAUAUGGUAGUUUAUAUGUGGGGAGAGAUUUUGCUGUCUGGGAAAAACAUACAGACAUAGACAUAUAUAUGUAUAUGUAUAUACUACUAUAUUCUCAUAAUAACUUUACUACUGUAACAUCAGCCUUUUUUUCUUACAGUAGUAUCUUUUUGAAACUGUA